CAUGAUGAGCGGCGGGGGUGGGCCGGGGGACGGAGAAGGGGUUGGCGGAGUAGGCCACAUCAAACAAGAAGAAGGAGGCUACGGUGUGACGCCCACCAGCACCCACCAUCACCCACGGGCGCGCCAACCCUCCUGUUCCUCGCCCAACACCACGGCUGUUUACUCCCCCUCCACGACGGGCAUCACCUCCGAGCUGGACUACAGCGAGUGUGGAGAUGAGGCUCAACCAUCACCCAAACACAUGAAGCUGUUCACAGACUCUCCACCCAGCCCGGACCGCCAGUUUUGCUCGUCCACGACGUCUAUGGCCAGUGACUCUGCGCAUACACCGUCUGAGAGUUUACGAGAGGAUGACGCCCCAAAGCGCCUGUGUCUUGUGUGCGGCGACAUUGCUUCAGGGUUCCACUAUGGCGUUGCUUCCUGCGAGGCCUGCAAAGCCUUCUUUAAACGUACUAUCCAGGGAAACAUCGAAUAUACUUGUCCUGCUGCCAAUGACUGUGAAAUUAACAAGCGAAGACGAAAAGCCUGCCAGGCCUGUCGCUUUCAUAAAUGUCUACGAGUCGGUAUGCUAAAGGAGGGUGUCAGGUUAGACCGAGUUAGAGGUGGGAGACAGAAAUAUAGGAGAACUUCCGAUUCCCCGUUUUCAAUGCAUCAGAUGCCUGUUAAAAAGGCUUCAUUAGAAGAUAUUAAAUUACUGGCUUCCCUGCGUGCAUGUGAGCCGGAAUCACUCCUGGCAUUACCAGACCUAACUGUGUUCGACCCUGAUUAUCUCACUAUAUCCAUCCUUGCUGACCUCUAUGACAGGGAGCUGGUCUCCACUAUAGGCUGGGCUAAGCAAAUUCCAGGGUUCACAGAAUUAGCUCUGAACGAUCAGAUGCGGUUGCUACAAAGUACUUGGGGAGAAAUCCUAACUUUGGGACUAGCCUAUCGAUCGAUGCCUGCCCACGCCCACACGCUCUUGUUUGCCCAUGACUUCACCCUUGAUGAGAAGCAAGCAAGGGAGUGCAACGCCACUGAGCUCUUUACGCAGGUGCUUGGUGUAGUAGAACGGCUUGAGCAGUGUAAUAUCAACAGAGAAGAAUUCCUGUUGUUGAAAGCCUUGGUUCUUACCAACUCUGAUGUGCGCCUGCAAGAUAACCAGGCCUUGCAUCGUCUAAGACAAAAUAUUCUGCAAGCUCUGCAUGAUGCUGUUGCAACCCUUAGACUGCGAGAUGCUGUAGCACAGAUGCAGUCGCUACUCCUUUGCUUACCAUCUUUAAGAGCUGCCGAUGCAGCCCUACGAAGGUAUUGGCUCUCUGUACGUCAUCAGGGCACUGUGCCUAUGAACAAGCUUUUUGUGGAGAUGUUGGAGUCACACAUGCGGUGAAUGGGAACUAUGAUUAAUUCUCAAUCACUCUUCUGUUGUAAAACAAUGCUUAUUUAAACAUGAAAUGAUGAUUUGGCAAGGAGGUCAUCACUGGUGAAAAGUGCAUUAAACAGUAGACUGAAGGAUAAGGCAAAUGAUUCCUCCUCACCAGGUAAUAUGGUCUGCUGAUGGCUAGAACAAACAUCUUGGUCUCAAAGUCUUCCAAGAGAGGAGUCACAGUGCAAGAACUUCCUAGAUCCAGUGGGAUGCCAAAAGGAGCAGAAAGUGUAAUUCUUUUCAGCUCUCGAGGGGCUUUUAUCAGAGGCGAAUUGGCCUGCGAUGUUCAUGGUGUUAGGAAAAAGAAGGACGUGUUAAAGUGAAGUUAAAAGUGUUGCAGGGUGAUUUUUUUUUUUUUUUUUUUUUUUUUCAUUCUAGAGAAAUGGCUAUAUUACCCUGGGAGGAAAAGCUGCCAUUUUGCCGCACACUCAGGUACUGUUGGCAAUUGUGUUCAAAACAAAAAAGAAGAAUUUUAAUAUCUUUGAUCAUGACCAGAAUUUGACCUUAACAUGAGUUUUGAUCCUCUGUAAAUAUAUAUCUGUUGUUUCAUGGUACUCCCACCGGGCAGCAACAUAAUUGAUGAUGUUGUCGCCAUAUGCAAUCAUUUGUGACAUGGUCAGCGAAUUUGAACAAUGGACACACUAUGUAGAUGCAAAUGUCUGUGUUUUGAUCAGGAUAAUAGAUAUAUAGGAUCAACUUCCAAGAGGAUCCACGGCUCAUUUUUGCUGAUCUCACCUCAGUUGUUGGCAGUUGACACUGGAUAAUGCCACUCCAACUGUGUUUUCAAAAACUGAAGUCACUGCUAAAAACAAAAAAGAAAAAAGAAAAAAAAAUUGUGUUGAUAAACUGUACAUAUUCUACUUCUUUGUAUCUCAAAGGCAUAGGCCUGCAUAACAGUACAACUGCUUAAGUAAGAGAAAUCAAUUAAAAAUUUUGUGUGUUGUCUGUUUACUAGUAAAUGUGAAGUUGUGAUGUCUUUCUACGUUACAUCAAUAUGUCCUUUAGAUGUCGGAGGAAAAGACUAUGACAUUGAGAGUCUUUAGGCUAUCAGGUGCUAAGGUUCAAUUUUUCUUCUUCUUUUCCUUCUUCAAAAAACAAAAAAACAAAAAAGAAGAAGAAAACCCAGAGAGUAACCUUGUGAUCUACUCUUUUAUUUCUAUUUUGUGAUGAACCAAACAGGGCUUCAUUUUGUGUUGACUUUAAGCAUAAUUCUGCCUUAGCUUUUUGGUCUAAAUCUGAGAAACUUGUAUUAGGUAGGAACAAAGUGUCCUCCUCGCAUACCUUUACAAAGACUUUAACCAGUUUUCAAUUGUCUUCCUUCCUAAUUAUCAUUAUUGUUAUUAUUGAAAUCAUUAUUGUGAUUAUUAUUAUGAUUUUUUAUGUCUUCCUCCUCUGUGUCAUGAUGUACACUUUACAGCAUGCCAUUAUUCUCCAUGAUGUCUUUUGUAGUGAAGAGAAAAAACAACAACAAUAUAGCAAGGAAAGGAAUAACUAACAAGAAAAAUGAGGACACCAUUGUACAAUCACAGAUAGAAAUCCUUCUGAACUGGGUAGAAAUGGUAGCUUAUAUUGAUGAAUGCACAGGAUUAAAUGCUUGUGUGUUGCAUGAUAAAUAACCUUAGGAUGUGAUAGUGUUCAAAUUAUACAGUUCCUUGAAAUUACUAGCAUAUGGUGCACACAACCUCUAUUAUCUUAUUAGGUGCUGGUCAGCAGCCCGAUGGCCAGCAGAAAUCACUCAGGACCUAGAAACCUUAUUUUAACAUAAAUAUUCCACUCCAUUAACAUGACACGAAGACCUUCAAUAGUGAAUUUAAUAUUUACCACCUUUAAAAAGUUCACUUACUGUGUGAAGUUAGCAUGGGUAGUAUCACAACUCAAAUAUGUACAUCUGACCAUUUUAGGUUACUGAUGAUCUACUGUAAAGCCAGAUAUGUGAUUAUAGGUUAUUAUUGAUAAUUGGCAAGGUGUGAAAUAUUUGGUAGAUGCAUUACAGGAAGUGUGUGAAUAUCUGAGGUUUUAUGUAUAUCAAAAAGAAAUGUUUGAAAUGACUAAAGAACUUGUGAGUUGAACAGAAAGAAUAUAAAUGUCCAUCAAACACUGGCAUUAAAAACAAUGGAUAAAACAGUAAAUCUGCAAAAUUGCUGUCAGUGGUUGUAUAUUAAUCUAAUUCUUAAAAUGAUGUAUAAAGAUCUGUGAUUAGCAUGAUAGUUUGGCUUCUUAUAGGUCAUGGUAGUUAUGUGGUUGCUGUAAAUAUUAUAUCAUGUAUUCUCCAGUAUGACAGUACUAAAAGUUUCAAGAAGGUUUGCAACUUCCUUUUACUGCUGAUUUGCAGAAAAAAAACUUUCAUAGACUUCUGUGAUUUGCAAUGAUAUAAUGAUGUUGUCAUAAUAUAACUGCUUUGAAUUUUUUUUUGGCAAAAAUAUUGAUUAUUGGCUGUUGUUUAUUUUUCAAUAACGAAUCAUCAUUUUUAUAUGUAUAGAAAGAACAAUAAUACUCACUUUGAGAACAAACAGAUCAGAAGUAAUGAAUGAAUCAUUAUCUUAUAUGACAGAUAAGUUAUUAAAAGUAGGGGAAGAAAUAAGUAUAAUGAUAAUGGACUUAUCUACAUUAGAAGUUGCUCUAAAGUUGUAUGGUAUUACAAAUUGUUAACAAAUUUAAUCUUAUAUUUCAGUGACAACUAUGCCUCAUAGUAUAUAUUAGUAUACAUUAUUGUUAUAAAUCUAAUCAAAAUGUUUUAUUUUAUUUACCGUUUUUGAAAGCAUUCAAAAGAAAUAAACAUUUACAUACAAGAUUGGACAUGUUUCCUAGUGAAAUAAAACAAAUAUAUAUAUAAAUAUAUAAUUUUAUAAAAUCAAACCAAACAGUAUUUUUCUACUCUUUGGUGAAUAUUACAGUUUUUUCUGUUGUGUCAUAAUGGAGACUGCAAUGAUUUCACAACAUCAUGUUCAGCUUCAUGAUAAAUUGAAAAGGGAAAUACUAGUGUGUUAUCUGAGCAAGAGCUCAUCCUACCUUAUAAAGGCAGGUAGUGACUUUGGCUCAGUGUGUUGAGGCUGUUGUAGACGGCUUUGCAUUUUGUCAUGUCUAUACCACUAGAGUUGCAAGUUACUAUUCACACCACAGUGCAAUAGAUGUAGUGCUUACAUGGAUACCUGG